AUGGCUCGUACCAAGCAGACUGCCCGUAAGUCCACUGGUGGCAAGGCUCCCCGUAAGCAGCUCGCCUCCAAGGCCGCCCGCAAGGCCGCCCCCUCCACCGGAGGUGUCAAGAAGCCCCACCGUUACAAGCCCGGUACCGUCGCUCUCCGUGAGAUCCGUCGCUACCAGAAGUCCACUGAGCUGCUCAUCCGCAAGCUCCCCUUCCAGCGUCUGGUCCGUGAGAUUGCCCAGGACUUCAAGUCCGACCUCCGCUUCCAGUCCUCCGCCAUCGGUGCCCUCCAGGAGUCCGUCGAGGCUUACCUCGUCUCCCUGUUCGAGGACACCAACCUGUGCGCCAUCCACGCCAAGCGUGUCACCAUCCAGUCCAAGGACAUCCAGCUGGCCCGCCGUCUCCGUGGCGAGCGCUCUUAA